CGCUCGUCAUUUGGCGACGUGUACCCGGUGUGUGAAGCGUUCAGGUAUCCCACCUCUGCAGGCUAACAAGCUGCCGUAGAAACGUUGAAAAGUCCCAAAAGAGCGAGACCAUGGGAGGUUCGCAGAGCGUGGAGAUACCGGGAGGCGGCUCCGAGGGCUACCACGUCCUCCGGGUUCAGGAGAACUCGCCUGGACACCGAGCAGGGCUGGAGCCUUUCUUUGAUUUCAUUGUCUCCAUCAAUAACACCAGACUGAACAAGGACAAUGAUACCUUAAAGGAUCUGCUCAAAGCCAGUGUGGAGAAACCAGUCAAGAUGCUGGUUUACUCCUCAAAGACCCUGGAGUUGCGGGAGUCUACAGUCACACCCAGCAACUUGUGGGGGGGGCAGGGCUUGCUUGGUGUCUCAAUUCGCUUCUGCAGCUUUGAGGGAGCUAAUGAGAAUGUUUGGCAUGUGCUGGAAGUGGAGCCUAAUUCCCCAGCAGCUCUCGCCGGCCUGCGGCCGCACACUGACUACAUCAUUGGAGCCGACACUGUUAUGAACGAGUCUGAGGACCUGUUCUCUCUGAUAGAGAGCCACGAGGGGAAGGGCCUGAAGCUCUAUGUGUACAACACAGACACCGAUAACUGUAGAGAGGUGGUCAUUACACCGAACAGUGCUUGGGGAGGAGAGGGCAGCCUUGGAUGUGGAAUUGGUUACGGAUACCUCCACAGGAUUCCUACCCGGCCUUUUGAGGAGGGCAAGAAGAUCAGCUUCCCUGGAAACUCUCCCAGCGAGCCUGUCAGUCCGCUGAAGGACGGAUUCACGGAGGUCCAGCUUUCAGCAGUGAGCCCUUCUCCCACUGCACCCGCUGUCCCCUCCGGCCUUGAAGAGUCGCUGUCCGGCCUGUCAAUCAGCUCAGCCCCGCCCACCAUGCCCGCUGAGCUACAGACGGGUUUGCCGACAGUCCCUCUGCUCCCCUCCUCCACCAACCCCUCCCUCACCCCCCUCACUCCACUGAAUCCCGCCGCCACCAGCUUCAACCCAGCCACCACGCUACCAGGUCUGAUGCCCCUCCCCGGCGGCUUACCUCCACUCCCUAACCUUCCCAACCUGAACCUGCCACUCCCAGACCUCAGUGCUGUGUCACUAGCAGGCACCAGCACCUUACCACCACCAGUAGGAACGACAGUUCCACCGCUGGCUCCACUCCCUCCCCUGAACCUCCCAGGCCUGGCCCCGCUGCCCCCGCUGCCCACCAUGCUGCCCUCCCAGCUGCCUCCUCUCCUCUCUCAGGGCGUGGCUCCCCUCAUACCCGCCUCCUCCACCACCACCGCCGCCCCUCCAGCCUCGGUUACAGUCUCAGCGGCCGCCGACGCCGCAGCACCCACAGAAGCCGUCUCGGAAACGCCGGCUCCUACGGAAACAACACUACCGUCGUCGUAACGUGGGAACCCCACUUGCCAUCAAACUAAAACACACCUGGUCUCUCUCUUUCUCCCAUCUGUCUUUCUCUGUGUUUUUUUUUCUAUUUAUUUGGCCAAGAGGGACAGGCAGACAGAUGCACCGAUUCAGACACAGCGGUCAGCAUGCUCCCGUUAUGGGUGACGUAGCUUGUGUGGAGCGAUGAAGGAUAAUGAAGAAUGGAGGACGGAUGUAGACUGGUCUGACCAACGUUUCUGAUUUGCCAGAUUGUCAUAAUGCAGAGGAACUGGUAGCGCUGCAGCUUGCCUCAGCUACUGUGUGAGGAAGACGAGGUCUGCUCUUCGGUUUGUAGUUUGCUUCGCACUUCUGCAGUUACAACAAGGCAAAGAACUGUUAGGAUUUCACCCCUUUCUGAUCUGGCAAACACCUCUUUGUUUCAGUUUUUAAAAAAAUAUAUAACCAAUGUAUGUUAAUAGGGCUGGACGAUAAACUGAAUCUACUGAUCUCCUACAUCACGAAUUAAUUAAAGUGAGGAUUGCAACCAGUGACGUCGAACUGGAAGUUACACCAUCCAGUUAGUCCAGUCUAGAAGUCACUGAACUGGUCGUACUGGAAGAAGUCACACAGAUAUUCAAAGUGGGCCAACCCAAGAAUAGAAACAUGAUGCACUGCUGUAUUAAAAAUUAUGUGAACAUAAGUAUAAUUUCAUCGUAGUGUAGAUUUCGGGCUUUAUCGUCCAGCUCUAACGUGUAACCUUUUUCUUAUUAGUUAAUAGAGCCCCUGACCGAUAGAUUAAUUUGAUUAACAUGUAUUAAUUUCUGUUCAAAUUGCUGUAUGAGUUUCUCCACCCAAUGAAUGAAUCUGCAUUAUUUUGCACCACCUUUUGUGUUUUUGAAAUUAUUAGUCCCUUCGUAUGUCUCCAUGUAUAUCCAGAACUCUAUCGUACACACCAUCUCAAACCCGGAGGCCACGCCGCAGAGACGGAGGUUUACAUGUACACGAGCUACUGAGCAGAGAGUGUGCUUGCUGUCGGGUGAUUCGUAGGUAGCGUGUGAGGUUACUAAACACGCAGCACAUGUCGUCUUGGUGUGGCCGAAGUGAAUUGGUUGGCGGAGUUGCAGUGCAGCCACAAGGUGUCACUGUAACAACUUUCUGAAAACAUCUACUGUAUGCACAGUGCGAGCAAUAAAGCCAAAUUAAUUUUA